ACCUGGCAAUUGUUCACCACGCUUUCUUCAUGAUCUAUUCUUUGUACAUUAUCAACAAGGCUGGUGGUUUAGUAUAUCAGAAAGACUUUGCCGACCAAUUAGAGAAACUCUCCAGCAAUGAAUACCUAGUUCUUGCAGGCACAUUUCACGGUGUGCACGCCAUCACUUCAAAGAUUUCUCCUGUCCACAACUCUUCAGGUAUUGAAAUGUUGGAAGCCGAUAAAUUUAGACUUUAUUGCUUUCAGACACUGACAGGCACCAAGUUUUUACUCAUAACUUCACCACAACAACUUAACGUGGACCCUUACAUGAAACGUAUCUACGACCUUUACAGUGACUUUGUCAUGAAGAAUCCCUUUCAUACCCUCGAAAUGCCCAUUCGAUCCGAACAAUUCGACCAGACAUUACUCAAAUUCAUUAAAGGAAUCAAUGGGUCAUAACUCCAAUAAAAAAAAGGAAUCCCAACCAACCACCGCGAACCUCGACGUUGGUGCUUAGCGUUUGCGCUACAAAUAAGAACACCCUCAUUUAUCCCAUGCAAAAAGUUUAUCCUGCCUUGAAGAAGAUACAGCUGACAACUGCCAACUGAAACAGAGGGUUCAUUCGAGUUGAGAAAUAUUUAUAUUUUUGGAUUGAUUGGUUGAAAAUGAAAAUGAAGAGAAAAGAAAAAGGCCAUACAGCGUAUUCUACUAUGAGACAAGCGAGUUAACAUCAGGAUACCGAGUGCACGAAUUAAAGUGAU